AUGGAACGACCACAAAAAAUGCCCAAAGUGGCCAAGGUCAAGAAUAAGGCACCCGCCGAGGUGCAGAUCACGGCCGAGCAAUUGCUCCGGGAAGCCAAAGAACGUGAUUUGGAAAUUUUACCACCACCUCCCAAGCAGAAAAUCUCUGAUCCAGCAGAAUUGGCCGAUUACCAACAACGAAAACGUAAAGUUUUCGAAGAUAAUUUACGAAAGAAUCGCAUGGUCGUAAGCCAUUGGAUUAAAUAUGCCCAAUGGGAGGAAUCGCAAAAGGAAAUUCAACGAGCCCGUUCCAUUUGGGAGAGAGCUUUGGAUAAUGAUCAUCGCAAUAUUACCAUUUGGCUGAAAUAUGCCGAAAUGGAAAUGAAAAAUAAACAAGUAAAUCAUGCCAGGAAUUUGUGGGAUCGGGCGGUGACCAUUAUGCCACGAGUCAACCAAUUCUGGUAUAAAUACACAUAUAUGGAGGAGAUGUUGGAAAAUGUGGCCGGAGCCAGGCAGGUGUUUGAACGGUGGAUGGAAUGGCAGCCAGAGGAGCAGGCUUGGCAAACUUAUGUGAAUUUUGAAUUGCGCUACAAAGAAAUCGAUCGCGCCCGGGCCAUAUAUGAACGUUUUGUUUAUGUUCACCCUGAUGUUAAGAACUGGAUAAAAUUCGCUCGCUUUGAAGAGACUCAUGGUUUUAUACAUGGCGCCCGUCGUGUAUUUGAGAGGGCUGUUGAGUUCUUUGGCGAUGAUUACAUAGAUGAACGUUUGUUUAUAGCAUUUGCCAGAUUCGAGGAAGGCCAAAAAGAACAUGAUAGAGCACGUGUCAUUUAUAAAUAUGCUUUGGAUCAUUUGCCGAAAGACAGAACCAAGGAAUUGUAUAAAGCCUAUACGAUACAUGAAAAGAAAUAUGGUGAUAGGGCUGGCAUUGAGGAUGUUAUUGUGUCCAAACGGAAAUUCCAAUAUGAACAGGAGGUUGCCUCAAAUCCCCAAAACUAUGAUGCAUGGUUUGAUUAUUUGAGGCUGAUUGAGGGUGAGGGAGAUGCUGAUGUCAUACGGGAGACCUAUGAACGUGCCAUAGCAAAUGUACCACCGGCUAAUGAAAAAAACUAUUGGCGCCGUUAUAUUUAUUUGUGGAUAAAUUAUGCCCUGUAUGAGGAACUCGAAACCGAAGAUGUGGAAAGAACCCGUCAAAUCUACAAAACCUGCCUUGAAUUAAUACCCCACAAAAAGUUCACCUUUAGUAAAAUUUGGUUAAUGUAUGCCCAUUUCGAAAUUAGAUGCAAAAAUUUACAAAAAGCCCGCAAAACCUUGGGAAUGGCAAUUGGCAUGUGCCCAAGAGAUAAACUUUUCCGUGGAUAUAUUGAAUUGGAAAUUCAGUUGCGUGAAUUUGACCGUUGCCGAUUGUUAUAUGAAAAGUUUCUGGAGUUUGGUCCAGAAAAUUGUGUCACCUGGAUGAAAUUCGCCGAAUUGGAAAAUCUUUUGGGUGACACCGAUCGGGCAAGAGCAAUUUAUGAACUGGCCAUACAACAGCCACGUCUAGAUAUGCCAGAAUUAUUGUGGAAGGCCUAUAUUGAUUUUGAAGUUGCCCAAGGCGAGUUUGAAUUAGCCCGUCAACUCUACGAACGUUUGCUGGAACGUACCCAACAUGUCAAGGUGUGGAUGUCAUAUGCUAAAUUCGAAUUAAGCUCACAGUUGGAGGGAGAAGAGGAUCAAGAAAUGAAUGUUCGCUUGGCACGUAGAAUUUAUGAAAGAGCCAACGAUAUGCUGAGACAAUUGCAAGAUAAGGAAUCUAGGGUUUUGUUAUUGGAAGCUUGGCGUGAUUUUGAACGGGAAUCGGGCGAUCAACAUAGCCUGGAAAAGGUCAUGGAGAAAAUGCCAAGACGUGUCAAAAAACGUCAAAAAAUUAUUUCCGAGGCGGGUGUGGAAGAAGGUUGGGAGGAGGUAUUCGAUUAUAUAUUUCCCGAGGAUGAAAUGGCCAGGCCGAAUCUUAAAUUGUUGGCAGCUGCCAAAAUGUGGAAAAAACAAAAGGAAACAGUUCCGGAAACUGACAGCAGUAAGGCAUCUGAAAAUAACGAAAAUUCCCAAUCAGAUAGCCAAGAAAAGGAACAACAAAGUAAUGAAGAUGAGACAGCGGAAGAUCAAUCAAAUAACCAACCAACGGGAAAUGAUAAAAGUCCCAAUGCUGUAUAA